AUGUUCUACCUCCUCAAAAGAUUUUGCCUUCUAUGUUUCCUUUUCUUACCCUUUGAUGUCUCACUCUGUUCAUGUGCUUCACUCAGAGACUUGGCUUCUUGCUUUGUUAAUCACAAUAUAAAAAACUUUACCACGCUCCCUUACGGUGAACAUGACCAAUCCUCUACCCUCAAUUACUUCAAAAUUCUUAAUUUUUCCAUUCAAAACCUUCGCUUCGCAGAGCCCGUGAUUCCUAAGCCAAUGGCCAUUGUACUGCCAGAGAGUUUAGAGAAGCUGCAGAAAAGUGUGGAAUGCAGUAGAGAAAGUUCCAUGGAAAUCAGAGUAAGAUGUGGUGGACACAGCUAUGAAGGGACUUCGUAUGUGGCUGACGAUGGCACUCCUUUUGUCAUCAUUGAUAUGAUGAAUUUGAACCAUGUUUGGGUGGACAUGGAGACAGAAACAGCAUGGGUUGAAGGUGGUGCAACAUUGGGAGAGACUUACUAUGCAAUCUCUCAAGCAAGCAAUGAACAUGGAUUCUCAGCUGGAUCGUGUCCAACUGUUGGCGUUGGAGGGCACAUUGGUGGUGGUGGUUUUGGGUUGUUGUCUAGAAAAUAUGGUCUUGCUGCAGACAACGUGGUGGAUGCCCUUCUUGUUGAUGCUGAUGGAAAACUGUUGGACCGAGAAACCAUGGGAGAAGAUGUAUUUUGGGCUAUUAGAGGAGGAGGAGGUGGUCUAUGGGGGAUCAUUUAUGCCUGGAAAAUCCAGGUGUUGAAAGUGCCAGAGGUUGUAACUAGUUUCACUGUAUCAAGAACAGGCACAAAAAAUCAUGUUGCCAAUCUAGUGCACAAAUGGCAACAUGUGGCACCCAACUUGGAAGAUGACUUCUAUUUGUCAUGCUUUGUUGGUGCUGGUUUGCCCCAAGCUAAAACCAAAGGGUUAUCAAUAAAACUCAAUGGUUUCUUUCUUGGUCCUAGAGCCGGUGCAAUAUCCAUUCUAAACCAAGCUUUUCCCGAGUUGGGUGUUGUAGAAGAAGAAUGCACAGAAAUGAGUUGGAUUCAGUCAAUUGUUUUCUUCUCCGGCCUAAGUGAUGGAGCCUCAGUCUCUGACUUGAAGAACAGGUAUCUGCAAGAAAAAGAAUAUUUCAAGGCCAAAUCAGAUUAUGUAAAAAACCAUAUUCCUCUUGUGGGCAUAGAAACUGCUCUGGACAUCCUCGAAAAGGAACCAAAGGGAUAUGUUAUUCUGGACCCUUAUGGUGGAAAGAUGCAUAAUAUAAGCAGUGAAGCUAUUGCUUUUCCCCAUAGAAGAGGAAACCUGUUUACAAUUCAGUAUCUGAUCUAUUGGAAAGAAGCUGACAAUGACAAAAGCAGUUACUAUGUUGAUUGGAUAAGAGGGUUCUAUGAUGCUAUGACUUCCUUUGUUUCAAGGGGUCCAAGGGCUGCAUAUAUUAAUUACAUGGACUUUGACCUUGGAGUGAUGAAGAGGAUAAGCAAUGGUGGUAAUGUGAAAGAUGUCGUGGAAAGUGCAAGGGUUUGGGGUGAAAAGUACUUCUUGAGCAACUACGAUAGACUGGUGAGGGCUAAAACUAGGAUUGAUCCUCACAAUGUUUUCAGCAAUGAACAGGGCAUUCCUCCCAUGUCUUUGGCCUCUCCCGAUAUCAAAACACUCCAAUCAAUGUUAGUAACCAAUUCAAUCUAG